UGAGGCCUGCGGGCGGCCGCGACGAGUCGUCCCAACUCCUGCAACAAUGAGCUCCUCCACACCACAGUCUGCUGGCUGCAAAGGAAAUGUCUCUUCCGACAGUGUAUUUGUGUCCCCUGGCACUAGACGGCAACCUCUUAGUGCCUCUGGUACACCGGUGCUGGAGACCUGCCCUGGGAAUGAUGAUGAGCGGGAAAGGAAGCAGCGUCGACGCUCCAGAGUUGUUGAUCUACAGUUUAGCUCUGAUUCGCCUCUGUCCAUACAGUCGCCCACCAACAAGCAAGCAGAAAUAUCAUUGCCAGCAAUCCCACAAUUGUCAAAUGCUCAGAUUGCAGAUCAUUAUUCCACAUGCAUCAAACUUUCAACAGAAAACAAAAUCACCACAAAGAAUGCAUUUGGUUUGCACCUCAUAGACUAUAUGACAGAAAUACUUAAGCAAAAGGACUCUGAACUCACCAACUUUAAGGUAGCAGCUGGUACCCUGGAUGCCAGUGCAAAGAUCUAUGCAGUGCGGGUGGAUGCCGUCCACGCUGAUGUUUACAGGGUUCUUGGAGGGCUGGGCAAAGAUUCUGCACCAGCAGGGCCUGUGGAUGGCCAGGAUCCAGGUGGUGGAGAUGCAGAUUCUGAAAGAUCUAAGAAGAACCUGAAUAAAAGGAAGCAUCUGUACAAAACCAUUGAACAGAAUCUGAACAACAUUAAUGUUUCUGAAACAAAUCGUAGGAGUGAGAUUGAUCCUAUGUUCCAGAGACAAGCGACCUCUUUCGAUGAGUGCAGUACCACUGGUGUCUUCCUCACCACACUUCAUACGCACGGCUAUCUCAGUGAAGUCCUAUUUGACUCCAUGGUCACACCUCUGCCUUCUACAACUUCUGAAUUACCAAGUUCUUCACAUGUAAACAUCACAGGCUUGAAACCCAUCCUGCUGCAGUGUGUUGAGAAGCGCCCCAUUUGCCCCUCAUUGACUGGCUUCCUGUUUACUCAGUGGGACAGUGGAACCCAUAAUGAGUCAGUGUCAGCUCUGCUGGAUAAAUUUAAGAAGAGCGACCAGGUGUUUGAUAUCAAUGCUGAAGCUGAUAGUGACCCUGGGGACUAUGCGGAGGAUGAGUUGGAUGCUGAUACCCUGGACAGGACGGUUGCAAAGGAUCUUGGGGAGUUCUCAGAAAAGUUGGAGGCAUGCAGAAUGACACCAGGGAGCUCACGAAAAGCGGUGGUUCCUCUGGGGGAAGGAGAUGUCGGGUCCAUGUGUCUUCAUUUGUCCAUGAAUCCCAGCGAGUACUCUUACUUCAGCCCCCGUACCAUGUCUAUGUGGGCAGGCCCAGAGCACUGGCGUUUCAAGCCCCACCAUAAAGGUGAUGUCAACUCUGAGAAAGUAAGCAAGAGAAAGGCUGCGAAAAAAGCGUUUGAGAUCAAUUUUGAUGAUAAGAUUGAGUUUGAGCAUCAUUUCCGCCAAAAAAGGGCGGCUACCACGCUGGCCAAGUCAACCCUGGAAAGCCAAAACAAGAAAAGCAAUACGCUCCCUGCCGACUUCCAUUAUGACCCAGACAACCUCGCCCGCCUCUUCCUCAAGCCAGCCAAUAGGCUGUGGAAGAUGCCGCUGCAGGGCAAUUCGUCCGCUUGUGAUGAGGAGGUUGGAGAGUAUGAUUACAAUAACCCCAAUGAUACCUCUAAUUUCUGUCCUGCACUGCAGGAUGCUGACAGCGAUGACAACGACGACCCUGUGGGCUUCGUGGGCCAGGGUGGGAUGUUUGAAAUGACGGCCAAUCCUGCAGGAGGAGCAGAUCAAGACGCAGAGCUCAACGGAGGCGUCAAUGGACCCAACAUCACCACCUACGGUGAAUCGAACCUGGUGGCUGAGCCUCAGAAGGUGAACAAGAUAGAUGUUCAGUAUGCAAAGACUGCCAAAAAGAUGGACAUGAGAAGGCUGAAACAAGCCAUGUGGUGCCUUCUGACUGAUGCCGAAAAGAGUCGCCCUGAGGAAGAGAAUGAAGUUGUGGAGAAAAGCUCCAAUGCUUCCGUGGUUUCAGGCCAGAAGGUCUUCAGUGGCAUCACCAAGGAUCUGCUUCACAGGCUGCCUUCUGUGAUGGCAAAGAACCUGUCUGUCCCAUUGGCAUUUGCGUGCCUCUUGCACUUGGCUAACGAAAAGAAUCUGAAACUAGAAGGAGUAGAGGACUUAUCUGAAGUCUUGGUGCUGCAAGGAGAUUAAUGAGUGACGCUUGGACAGCCUCAGAAACUCGUGGACUGCGUGGAAGGGGAUUUAUCCUACUAAGGAUAUACAAUAGACAGUGGGACCUCUCCCUGUCCACACCUGCCUCUUCUCUUGAUGGCGCCAGCGUCAGCAGCCCAGUUCCAUCAGCUCCCGUGGUUGAGGAAAGAGUUCAUGACUCACUAAUGACUCUUUUAUUGUGGGCAGUUGGGAAGCGCUUGCCUAGUUUAGAGUGUCAUGUUGCCUUUAACUCUCUCCCGAUUUACACAGCUUCCCAGAGCUGCCGUGACUGUUUAGAGGUGCAGCCUGUGAGACAACUGAAAUUCACUUAUGUUCUUGCCGUGAUCCCUGGUAGCAAAAGACUGUUGGGUAUAUUCAGUUUGCUUUUUUAAACGUGUCUGGAUUUUUUGGUACAGAAAAAAAUCUUUUUACAA